AAAUCAUGUAUUGUUACUAUAAUGGAAAUAGUUUUGCCCUCAGAGACCCCUGGAAAAGAUCUUGGAGACAUCCCAGACCUGGCGGACCACCAUUGGAGAACCAAUGUAAUCAAUUACUUGUAAAGUCAUUUCCAUUUCUUAUCACGAAUAAAGGGCAUUUUGUCUGAUGAAUAUCUUGUCCUCGUCCCCGGACCACCCUUUUGAGAACAGUUGACCGAAGGUAACCACAGGACUCCUGGCCCAGUGGGACCCAAAGCGAAAAGCCCUGGACGCGCCGAGGGCGCUCUGCUUAAGACUGAGAACCGAAAUGCUCCCUGAAUUAGGAGCAUUGAGAACGCCGAGUGCAGACACAAAUCGAAAAGCAGCCACCCGCGCCGCCAAGGCGGGGCCAGAACUGGCGGCAGGCGGCUGGCCCGCCCGGGGAUGGGGCAGAAGCUGCGGCAGCUGAGAGCGCAGCGCGGGCUCCGGGGAGACGCCGGCCCACCGCCCGCCCGUUCGCCGCAGGUAGGCCCGGCCCCCGGGAGGUGGGGCGCGUCCAGGUGUCCCCAGGUAGCCGCCUCCUACCUUCCUCCGUCGGCCGCCUCCCCGGACCGAGGCAGGACCUCGCCCCGCGCGUGUUCCCCGGGCGCCCCUCUGCGAACCCCAGGCGCUUCCCAGGUUUGCGCGCGGGGGCCAUCCAGACCCUGCGGAGAGCGAGGCCCGGAGCGUCGCCGAGGUUUGAGGGCGCCGGAGACCGAGGGCCUGGCGGCCGAAGGAACCGCCCCAAGAAGAGCCUCUGGCCCGGGGGCUGCUGGAACAUGUGCGGGGGGACACAGUUUGUUUGACAGUUGCCAGACUAUGUUUACGCUUCUGGUUCUACUCAGCCAACUGCCCACAGUUACCCUGGGGUUUCCUCAUUGCGCAAGAGGUCCAAAGGCUUCUAAGCAUGCGGGAGAAGAAGUGUUUACAUCAAAAGAAGAAGCAAACUUUUUCAUACAUAGACGCCUUCUGUAUAAUAGAUUUGAUCUGGAGCUCUUCACUCCCGGCAACCUAGAAAGAGAGUGCAAUGAAGAACUUUGCAAUUAUGAGGAAGCCAGAGAGAUUUUUGUGGAUGAAGAUAAAACGAUUGCAUUUUGGCAGGAAUAUUCAGCUAAAGGACCAACCACAAAAUCAGAUGGCAACAGAGAGAAAAUAGAUGUUAUGGGCCUUCUGACUGGAUUAAUUGCUGCUGGAGUAUUUUUGGUUAUUUUUGGAUUACUUGGCUACUAUCUUUGUAUGACUAAGUGUAAUAGGCUACAACAUCCAUGCUCUUCAGCCGUCUAUGAAAGGGGGAGGCACACUCCCUCCAUCAUUUUCAGAAGACCUGAGGAGGCUGCCUUGUCUCCAUUGCCGCCUUCUGUGGAGGAUGCAGGAUUACCUUCUUAUGAACAGGCAGUGGCACUGACCAGAAAACACAGUGUUUCACCACCACCACCAUAUCCUGGGCACACAAAAGGAUUUAGGGUAUUUAAAAAAUCUAUGUCUCUCCCAUCUCACUGACUACCUUGUCAUUUUGGUAUAAGAAAUUUGUGUUAUUAGAUAGGCCGGGCAUGGUGGCUCAUGCCUGUAAUCCCAGCACUUUGGGAGGCCAGGAGUUCGAGACCAGCCUGGCCAACAUGGUGAAAGCCGGUCUCUACUAAAAAUUCAAAAAUUAGCUAGGCGUCAUGGGGCAUGCCUGUAGUCCCACCUACUUGGGAGACUGAAGCAGGAGAAUUGCUCGAACCUGGGAGGCAGAGGUUGCAGUAAGCUGAGAUCACGCCACUGCAUUCCAGCCUGGGCGACAGAGCAAGACUCCAUCUCAAAAAUAAAAUAAAAAAAGAAAGAAAGAAAGAAAAGAAGAAGAAAAGAGAAGAAGGAGAAGGAGAUGAAGGAGGAGGAGGAGGAGAAGGAGAAGGAGAAGAAGAAGAAGAAGACCACAAAAGACAUGACUAUCCAACUUUUUAUGACAAACUGCAAGGAAUAAAGGAAGAAUAAGUCCAUGUACUGUACCACAGAAGUUCUGUCUGCAUCUUGGACCUGAACUUGAUCAUUAUCAGCUUGAUAAGAGACUUUUUGACUCUAUAUCCUUGCAGUUAAGAAGAAAGCACUUUUUUGUAAUGUUUGUUUUAAUGGUUCAAAAAAAAUCUUUCUUAUAAAGAGCAUAGGUAGAAUUAGUGAACUCUUUGGAUCCUUUGUACAGAUAAAGGUUAUAGAUUUCUUGUGUUGAAUAUUAAAAAAGCAAGAAUGUCUAACCAUUAAGAUUAUCCAAAGUCAGGCUGGGCGCAGUGGCUCACGCCUGUAAUCCCAGCACUUUGGGAGGGAUAGGUGGGCGGAUCACCUGAGGUCAGGAGUUUGAGACCAGCCUGGCCAACAUGGCAAAACCCCGUCUCUACAAAAAUACAAAAGAAAUUAGCCAGACAUGAUGGCGGGUGCCUCUAAUCCCAGCUACUGGGGAGGCUGAGGUGGGAGAAUCGCUUGAACUCGGGAGGUGGAGGUUGUAGUGAGGCGACAUUGUGCCAUUGCACUCCAACCUGGGCGACAGAGUGAGACUCCAUCUCAAAAAAAAAAAAAAAAAGAUUAUCCAAAAAGAUAUUGGACCUACUCUUUCUUAGGAUUUUUUUGGCGGGGGGUUAGAAAUACUUCACAGAAUUUGACAUUUCAGUAUAAAUCUGUGACCUUAAUAUAAUCACUUGGUUUUAUAUGUUAAAUUAUUGCACAGCAGUCAUCAUAUUUUGCAGAGUUUAGUUCUUAACUCUUGCUGUCAGUCAUGUUUUAUUAUAGGUAGUGGGGUCAGUAGUUUUCUUCUUCUAAAAAAUACUAUUUGCUAUGAAGUUAGUUCUUCAGAAGAUACAAGUUUGCAAUGAAAAGGAUUUGCAAGGGUUGUUAUGCUAUCAAAUAAACAGACCUAAAAUCUAGGAGACACUAGACCUUAAUGAAGUUGCCCCUGUUACUGAUUAGUAAAUACUCCCAUCUUCGUUGCAAAAUUAUCUCUCUGUAUAACUACAUAUGAUUAUUUUGAAAUUUGUUAAACUUCAUAAUAGUUUGAGAAUGUGGAAAAAGUAAUUUGCUUUUCUGCUCUUAAAAUAAUAUUGAUUAAUGUUACCAGAAACCUUUUGCAUCUCUUAAUAUGUCUGAACACAAAAGGAAAACACCAUAGUCAUAUAAACCCAUUCUUUGUCUCUUCUUCUAAAUCAUAUGUAUAACCAGUUUUUCCUUAAGAAUGUAGCAGCAUAUAAGCUAUAAAUUUCUGGAGUAUAUGCACACAAAUUUAUCUGGGUGGGUAUGUAGGUAUAUGUGAGUUUGUUUCCUCUUCCAGGAGCUCAAGAAAUAACAUACUCCUGAAAAAUAGAAUAGAAAUUUCUGUGCUUUAUGUUUUUGCCAGGCAUUACAUUUUCUUAUCAUUUAGGAUCACUUAUAAAAUGAUCAUUGUUUAUUUUGUUUUAUAAUUUUUACAGGAGUGAGACUGCAAACCCACAUGUUUGAUAGUUCCUACCAAAUUAAAAGUUUAGAAAGCAUAAAUCAUAUUACAGUGCAUAUGUGAGUGUAAGUCUCUCUUUUAAGAUGCAUCAUCUUAAGGCAGAUAAAAGUAAGUCCUUAAUCAUUACAGACUGCCAAAGACUUUAUACUUUUAGAUUCUCAGUCUCUUUGUUGCUUGUUGCAAAUAAAUCAUCUAGCAACAUUUACAUUUAAUUAGGAAAUCUAACUUGCUUUUAAAAGUUACCCACGUUGCAUAUAAAAAUCUUGCUAUUCCUUGUGUCUUGGCUUUACAUAAGCACUUUUGCUCAUGUGACUUUGCACUUUGCACUUAUUUUAAUCCUCUUUAAAGGGCUACAGGCAAAUUCUACUUUGCCAUAAUCACACUAAGGCAUGGAAGAACAACUUGCCCAGAAUCUAGCAGGUUGGUGACAACUGGGUUUAGAAUGAGUGAGCACACUUUUCUAGUCCCAUGUCAUGCCUAUAAAAUUACACUGCCUCGAAUUAUGAAAUUCAGGGAUCUUGUACAUAAUUCUAAGUUUGGGACAGAAAUUUACAAGCAUUUCUCAUAUAUACAUACAUUUAUAUAUGUACAUGUUACAUAUAUUUAGAUGUAUUCUCAUAUACAUAUGAAAAUAUUUAUGAUGAAUAGAAUUAUAAGAUAUGUAUGUAUCUUGCACUGAAUCAUAAUUUGAAAUAUUUCAUGAAUUCAUUUACUUCUAUUGACUCCCAAAAUUCUAACUGCAAGCUAGCUUCAGAACCUGUGAGAACCCCACCCUACCCAAGCAGCUGCCUAGAUUUGUCUACUGCUAUCAUUUUGUGUAAAGCAGUUGCUCUAACUUGAAUGAGUCUAGAAUUCAUCAUUAAGAUUGUGAUAUUUAUAGAGCAUCCAAUGUGGAGAUCAUGAUACUUUAAAUAUAAAAAGGAAAAUAUGAUAGAACUGUUAUUGACAAAUGCUUAUAAUGAUUGAAGGGAAAGUAUCUCAACAUUGUAUCAGUCACAUAUAUUUCUGUUGCUUUCACCAUUUUCUAUUCCUGUUGUAAGUUUGGUGGUAGAUUUAUUGUUUUGUUUGGUUUAUCUGUUUUGUUUGUGUUUUGUCUCCUGGCAAUUGAUUAGUGUUAAUCAUUAAAUCUAUUUUGACACAAGGUUUUAUAUAUAAUUAGAUCAGUUUUCCACUUUAUUACAAUUAAGAAAUGAGUAAAAUAUGGAUAUAAAAGGAGAAUUGGAUUGAAAAGACAAAUACACAUUUACAAGGUCAUACCUUUGGUAGGACAGACAAUUCUAUAUAGAAUAUUCUCUUUUGAUAAUGAAAAAAAUUAAAGAGAGCACAAACUUUGACUGUGUCAAAGUAUUUUUAUUUUUAAUUUUUUGAGACAAGGUCUUGCUCUGCUACCCAGGCUGGAGUGCAGUGGUGCAAUCACAACUCACUGUAGCCUGAACUUCGGGGCUCAAGCAAUCCUCCCACCUCAGCCUCCUAAGUAGGUGGACCACAGGUGCACCUCAGUACACCUGGCUAAUUUUUGUGUUUUUUGUAGAGACAGGGUUUCACCAUGUUGCCCAUGCUGGUCUCUAACUCCUGAGCUCAAGCAAUCCACCCACCUCGGCCUCCCAAAGUGCUGGGAUUACAGGCAUGAGCCACCACACUGGCCUGCUGUGUCAAAGUUUUGCAUCUUUUUUUUUUUUUUUUUCCAGAAGGAGUCUCACUUUGUCACCCAGGCUGGAGUGCAGUGGAGUGAUCAUGGCUCACUGCAACCUCCGCCUCCCAGGUUCAAGGAUUUCUCCUGCCUCAGCCUCCUGAGUAGCUGCAUUACAGGCACCUGCCACCACGCCUUGCAAAUUUUUGUAUUUUUAGUGGAGAUAGGGUUUUGCCAUGUUGGCCAGGCUGGUCUCAAACUCCUGACCUCAGGUGAUCCGCCCGCCUCAGCCUCCCAAAGGGCUGGGAUUACAGGCGUGAGCCACUGUGCCUGGCCCCAAGUUUUGCGUCUUUUAAUGCCCUCUGAACAAAUACAUAGAGAAAACUCUCAGAACAAUUAAAACCUGCAGAGCAACAGUGUCCUCCAUGUCUUAGGUUUCAAGUUUGCCUCUAAAAUUCUAAUCCAGAUUUUUCUACUUCUCAGAUAAUUUAUGUGUGUGUACUCUUCCUAGACGUACAAGAGACUUUUUAAUGCUAAAAGAUUUGUCAGUGCUUAACAAAAACUCAAUUUCACAUUACUCAUAUUGUUUUUGUUUUAAUUGAAUGUGAAUUAAAUUUUUAUUAGUUAUUUGAUUUGGAAUGUUAUGUAUGCCAUUAACACUAUUAGGGGAAUCUCUAGCAUUUCUGUAUUUUUAAAGAAUUUGAUUCUUUUGUAGAUUCUGCCUGUGUGGUCAUUUUAAAACAUGUGUGACAUAUAUCAGUAACUUCAUUCUUCUAUAUUUUGUGUCUCCUCCAACCUCCAACUUUUCUUGUUUUUUGAAAAAUGUUUCUCUAACACCUCAACAGUUUAAGGUAAUUUAGUACACAUAUAUCAGUAUUUUUGUGAUCUGAAAAAGCAACCCAUUUUCUAAAUUCAUAUUUUUCCUAAAACUUUAUUAUGUUUUUAUUUUAAGAGGUUUCCUGUUAUAUACACUUUUUACACAUGCAAAUAAACUUUAUACCAAGUGAA